AUGACAAUCUCAUCAAACCCUGUUUCACCCCCAGGUAGUCAGGAAAUCCCGGUGACGGUUCAAAACGCAAUCUUGAUAUGCAAGUACAUGACUAAGCUAGGUGUGACACCAAAACAAUUCAUGGUUACCUUCCUGUCAUCAACGCAAGAAGAGCUCGCAGUUCGCCGACGUUUGAGCAAGAUUGGGAAGGGAGGCAGAGAAACCCGUUCGAUAUUCAAGAAUCUUGGACGAUUGACUACAGCAUCCCACCAGGGGCGGGAUGAGUGGGAUAAAUUGAUUUUGGACGAAGUUGCGUGUUGUUGGGCAUCAGCUAUAGUCAACCAACAGGAAAUCACGCGAGGAGCCUUCCCCAUGGGCGCUUUUGUCAGCUCAAAUGCCAUCACCCCCAACUUUUUCACUGAAAGCGCUGAAAAAUAUCAAAAUGAUCAAGUCCGAAGCGGUAUGAAAUUCCUACAUACUCUCAUAUACCGCAAAACUGCCCACGCAAUGAAAAAGAAAGAGGUUUUUCCGUACGAAGAUGUCCCUUUGUCCCCUGAGGCCCAAAUGCAGGACGGCGAGGCUCGUGUUGAAGGGGCGUUGGAUGAUGACACUGUCUUGUCUAUGGAAAAUCUGGUUCAUAUUAAGGCCACUCCUGCGAGCCAGGCUGAGCAUAAGCUUUCAAAGGAACUCGGCCUGCCGGCCUUUUUGGAAUCGAUGGCGGCUGCGCAACGAAAACCAGUUAAAGUAUCGACCUUCUGCCCAGGUGCUCCCGAAAUGAAGCAUUGGCGCUUAGUACUCAAAGCCCAGGUGGCGAAGGCACUUAUAGAGUAUAUAGACAACAUACCUGGCCAGCCGAAGAAUGUCCAGUUGCCCUCGCUGAGCAUCACGCCACCCGCGAUUGAUCCCAUUGAGAUGCACAAGCCUAACUUACACUUCCUGCGUAUGAUGGAUGCUCCAGAUUCGUCCGCGGAGGGAGUUUCACGAGUCAUAGACAAGGUCCUAGGUCAGAUAGGUCUCGACAGCGAAACUUACGCCAACAAGCUAUUGGUCGCUGGUGGAGAUGUUGGUUCGAACCAACUAGUGGAGAGUCUGAGGGUUAAAAGAUUCCCUCCCAUUGAUUCGGUUGAAGGAUAUGAGUGGGUGUUGUCCGUAUUUGGAGGAGCUCAUACCUCGUGGAAUUUCACAAAGGCACUCUGGAUUCAUCAUUGGGGUAAUCCGUCUAAAGGAACGGACACCGGAGUAUGGCGUUCGGCAUUCGCAUUAGGUUUGGAGUACAAGAAGCCCGCUGGGUCUCAAGACUUCAACACUAUCAUGAGGUCGUGUCAAAUAGUACACAAAGCCAACCUGAUUUUUAUCAUUGCGUCAGUCAUUGCGUUCCUCUUCGAAAGACCCUGA